CGUGGAAGGCAAAGGAAAGGCGCGGGGUUGUCAGUGGUAACAACAGGGAUUACACCCACCGCCACAGCUGCGAAACAGGGGUUGCUGGGCUGAAGAGCAUUACGUAACCCAGCCAGCUGGGUGCUUGGGGCUACGUGCCUGUGCCGCCCCGCCCUGGCCCGCCUUAACUGCACGCAGCUCUCGACAAGCAAGGAGCUUGCCAAGGAUACCCAGAGCGACGACGACAGCUCCAGGAGAGCCUCAUCUGCCAACACCACCACCGGAUCACCAGGAAACAGUUAGAUCUGGAGGCAUCCUGCCCGUACAGGCAUCAUGUCGCAAUCACUUCGACCGUAUCUCCAGGCUGUCCGCAGCAGUCUGACCGCCGCCCUCUGCUUGUCCAACUUCGCGUCCCAAACCGCCGAAAGACACAAUGUUCCCGAAGUCGAGGCCCGAACAUCACCUGAGGUUCUCUUGACGCCCCUGACGAUUGCGCGCAACGAGAACGAGCGGGUACUCAUUGAGCCCAGCAUCAACAGUAUUCGUAUCAGCAUCAAGAUCAAGCAGGCCGACGAAAUUGAACACAUUCUUGUCCACAAGUUUACAAGAUUCUUGACGCAACGCGCCGAGUCAUUCUUCAUUUUGAGGAGGAAGCCCAUCAAGGGCUAUGACAUUUCAUUUUUGAUAACCAACUUCCACACGGAGGAAAUGCUCAAGCACAAGCUGGUUGAUUUCAUCAUCCAGUUUAUGGAGGAGGUUGACAAAGAGAUUUCAGAGAUGAAGCUGUUUUUGAAUGCGCGGGCUCGUUUCGUAGCGGAAUCUUUCCUCACUCCAUUCGACUGAGCGAACCCGCUUUUACAAUACCUCACUUAAAUUAUUUUGCAUGCAAUUGAACAGCUUUCCCUGAUGUCACUACUCUUGUCGCGUUUAUGGCUUCAGACCAUCAUGCUUGGCGUUUCUGGAGAAAAGAAGUUUAUAAGCGAGCCAUUUCACGACUGUUACUAUCCACGACACUUGUCAUGGGUCCUUGCCGGUCUCUGGUCUAGAAAUAAAGUCUGGGUUUUACAGAAGUCUC